AUGUCCUGCGCCCGCGCAUAUGUGUCCCCCGCGCCUCUGUGUCCUCACCUGCACACCUCUGUGUCCCCACGCCCACACGCCCUUGUGUCCCCCACCCACCGCCUUGUGUCGCCACACGCCACCGUGUGCCCACACGCAGCUGUGAUCUGGUUAACCACACGCCGCAGGUCUCUGCCCCACACCCAUAUUGUCACCCCACGCACCUGUGUCUGCCCACACGCCUCUGUGUCCUACGCCUUGCAUGUCCCUGCGCCCCUGUGUCCUCACACCCUGUGUCCCCGCACCUGCUGUCAAGUCUGUGUCCCUUGCCAGCCAGUGUCCCCACACGCGCACACCCCUGUGUCCCCGCGCCCCUGUGUCCCCGCCCGCAGUCUCUAUCCAUUUAACCCCUGUGUCCCCACGCCCACACGCCUGUUUUUCUGCACCCACACGCCUGUGUCCCCACCCACACGCCCUGUGUCUGCGCCCACGCCCCUGUGUCUACGCCCACACCCUGUGCCUCACACCCCACAACCCCUGUGUCACCACCCAUCGCCCCUGUGUUCCUGCACCCCACCGCAGUCACCACACACGCCCUGUGUCCCCACGCCCACACCCUGUUUAUCUGCGCCCCUGUGUCGCCACACCCACGCACCCCUGUGUCUGCACCCCGCCGCCUGUGUCACACCCCACGCCCCAGUCCCUGCGCCCGCGCCCCCUGUGUCCCCGCACGCCCUGGGUGUUCCUGCGCCCGCACCCUGUGUCCCCACACCCUCGCCUGUGUCCCACGUCCGCACACCCCUGUGUCCAUACCCACACGCCCUGUGUCCCUGCACCCACCACCCCAUCAUUGCUGCCCACACGAUCUUGUGUCCUACACCCCACACCCCUGUGUACCCCACGCCCUUGUGUCCCCCACACCACACACCUCUGGUGUUCCCACUCGCCUGCAGUCCCUCACGCCCCACACCCUGUUUCGCUAUGACCACACACCCCUGUGUCCCUACGCCCCACCCUGUGUCCCUACACCACACACCCUGUCCCCACGCCACGCGCCUGAGUCCCACGCCCGACCUCAGUCCCUUGGACUUUUGCCUGUGUCCCACGCCCACACACGCCCCGCACGCCCGCAGUCACUGUGCUCCACUUCCUCACCCUCUGUGUCUCUACACCCCACGCCCUCAGUCCCUACACGCACUCAUCCCUGGUGUCCCUGCAUAUGGGUGUCCUCCACACACCCCUAAACUUAACCAGCGAAUGAUUUGCCCACCAGCAGGUUUCAGGGCGGUCCACCAGCAGGUUUCAGGGCGGUCCACCAGCAGGUUUCAGGGCGGCCCACCAGCAGGUCUCAGGGCGACCAACCAGCAGGUCUCAGGGCGACCCACCAGCGAGUUUCAGGGCGGCCCACCAGCAGGCCUCAGGAAGGCCCACCAUGCAAGUUUCAGGGCGGCCCACCAGCAAGUUUCAGGGCGGCCCACCAGCAAGUUUCAGGGCGGCCCACCAGCAGGUCUCAGGAAGGCCCACCAUGCAAGUUUCAGGGCGGCUCAUCAGCGAGUUUCAUGGCGGCCCACCAGCGAGUUUCAGAGCGGCCCACCAGCAGGUCUCAGGGCGACCCACCAGCGAGUUUCAGGGCGGCCCACCAGCAGGUCUCAGGGCGGACCACCAGUGAAUUUCAGGGCGACCCACCAGCAAGUUUCAGAGCGGGCCACCAGCAGUGUCAAAUUUAACUCAUUCAAGACUUAUAUCCCUGUUGCUCUCAAGAUCACAUGA